AUGGUAGUUUCCACUAAAUCAGCAGUCGUAUUGCAGGGUCCACCGGUGUUAAAGCACAUAGUUUUUGUACGGUUCAAUGAUGGGAUCUCAGAUGAACAAAUUGAGAAAUCCAUAAAAGACUAUGCCAAUCUAGCCAGCGCAAUCGAAGCUGUGAAGGGAUUUGGCUGGGGUAAACACAAUCCUGUUCAGAAACUGAAUCAUGGUUACAUUUAUGUCUUUGAGAUUUCAUUUGAAAGUAAAGAUGGCCUUCAGGAGUAUCUUCAAUCUCCUACUCUUGCUGAAUUUCAGGACAAGUUUUUGCCUUUCUGUGCAAGCCGUGAAGAGUGGCUAUUAUGGGGAUACCGAGUUUGUUUGGGGUUCGAUGGUGUGGGGUUUGGAAAGCAAGUGGCUAGUGGCUAG